AAAAUAAACAAACUAAAUUCAUGUGAAAACAUCGCACAAAAUUAUCCCUCUAGAAUUUCUACUUUUGAGUAGAAUGAGAUAAUUGUACCCCAAAGAUUAAACAAUUUUAUAGAUCAAACACACAAAUGAUCCAACUCCAUUAAUUUUCGUACACGUAACGGCGACUAUCCAUAAACGAAACUCAAAAUAUUUUGUUUAGUUUAAGAUCUCGACGGGCCCAAUGUGUAAUACAUCAUUACACUAACAUGGGCUUCUAAAAUCGAAUCGGGUAAGGAACCGGAAAGUUAAAACCCGACCCGGGAAUUUGACACCGAGACAGAGGGAAGGAGGAAGAGUCUACGCUAACGAACUUUAGACGAAUCGAAACAUUGUUUCGUCUCUGAAUUUUUUUUUGAAUCUCCAGAGUUGUUUCCCGUUGUUAGAUUCAUCGAUUUCGAAUCCUAUCCCGAAGAAUUGUUCUUCAAUCUCGUGUUUCUCCGACGGCUUCUCCGGAUAUAUCAGUCGACUGAGAAGAGAAGGAUUUGUUUCGGUUGUGAAAUCGGAGAAUCGCUGCAUAGGAAAGCGAUGAUAACAAGAUCGAAUCUAGCAGAGCAGCUGAGGGAAUAUCAGAUUCGAUCUAAGCAUGAUUGGGCUUCUGUCUCUUUCUUCUCGUCGACCUCGAAUUUUUCUUCUUCUAGGGUGGAUGUUGUAGUCUUUGUCAUCUGGGAGCUAGUCAUCUUAGCAUUCUUCGUGUUUUCAGCGGUUUCCUUGUACUUCAAGCGGUUACAACUCGCAUUCAUCUUGGUAUGUGUCACUUUGCUGCUACUAAUUUGCAUGAAGGUCACAAAGCAAGUGAGAUUAGCCAGGAAGAAGAAGCGAAGGAUGCUUCUUCCACUCUCUAUGUAAAGACCAAACUAUAUGAGAAGUUGCAACCUUUUUCUCUUAUUGAGCCUCAAAAAACUCACCUCCUGGUUGAUCUUGCUGAUCCAAUUACGCGUUUUAUGGAUGGAAACGACAGUUAUGCUCACGGAAAGGGUUGAGUAAGGCUAGGGUGGCUCAGCCAGGCGAUUUCAGGAUAUAGGUUUAGAGUCAGAUAAUCAUUUUUCUGAUUAGCAUGUGGCUGCAAUCUGGUUUUGUUCAGAGAAAUAUGUGUUUCAAAGAGUUGAGUUUCAUGUGUAAUUGUGGGUUGUGAAAUUCAGAUGGUUUAGGGUAAACGAAUGAGAAAAAUAAUAUCCAAACUUGCAUUAUUUUCAGUGUCUCGAAGAUUAGUUUUGUAAUUUGUCUGUUUCGGCUUGUACUUGGUUUAGGCAUGAAACAAUAAAACCAAUCUUUUCCCAUAAACUUUUGUUUCAAAU